AUGUUGGAGAACCCUUGGGUACUUUUAAACAAAGAUCUUUGUUGGAUAGCGUCCCAUUCGUAUGAAAUGAUAGUUGAGUUUAUACUCCGUAACAGCAUUUUUGCAAUUCGUUACAAUAAGGAUGAACCAAAGGAUGAACCAAAGAGUGAACUUGAUAUUUCGUGUUGGAGAAAUUGUUCCACUAUCCUAACUCAGACUAUGCUAACUUUUAUUACGUUUCCAAUUUUUAUAUUCUACCCUUUUCUGAUGAUGAAAUCAUUGGAAGUUGAGGAAAUUCGCAAACCCGAAAAUGACACAUACUGCGAAGAGAAAUGGUUUUUCAUUAACGGCGUCAUGACAAAUACAAAUUG